GCGCUCAACGGCGGUUUUAAGAUGCAACUCAGUGGUGAUUUCAUUACACAUUUUGUUUGAGCUUCCUUCCGAUCUCUUGCUUUUCUCCGGCGACAAUGGCGGCGUUCCUCAGAAGGCUUGUAACUGCUGCUCCAGCUCUACGCUACAAUGCAUUAUGUGGCCAAUCAAGGAUUGAGUCCUCCAAGUUCAGGUUCCCUAUUGGAACCAUCACUGCAGUUACCGGCGGAAUCUCGUAUAUGUUUUACGCUUCGACUUCGAAUUUGGUUCAUCUCGCUCCAAACUGCGAAGAGGAUGGCCAAAAAGUUGCACUCAAGCCAGAUAAAUGGAUUGAAUUCGAGUUGCAAGACGUUGCACGUGUUUCUCAUAACACUAAUUUAUACAGAUUUUCAUUUGAUCCAUCUGAAAAAUUGGGGGUGGAUGUUGCUUCAUGCAUCGUUACAAGAGCUCCAAUUGAUAAAGACGAACAAGGGGAAGUAAAAUACGUUGCACGCUCUUAUACACCUAUAUCAGAUCCCGAGGCCAAGGGAUACUUUGAUCUACUAAUUAAGAUAUAUCCUCAAGGAAAAAUGACUCAGCAUUUUGCUAAAUUGAAACCUGGUGAUAAACUUGAAGUGAAAGGACCCAUUCGAAAGCUCAAAUACUCUCCAAACAUGAAGAAACACAUUGGCAUGAUCGCUGGUGGCACAGGAAUUACUCCCAUGCUUCAGGUCAUUGAUGCUAUAGCAAAAAACCAAGAUGACAUUACACAGGUCUCGCUGAUUUUUGCGAAUGUGUCUGCCGAUGACAUAUUGCUUAAAGAGAAACUUGACAAACUUGCAGCUUGCCACCCAAAUAUAAAGGUAUUCUACACUGUUAGUAAUCCACCAAAGGGUUGGAAGGGAGGGAAGGGACAUGUAUCAAAGGAUAUGAUCAUCAAAUGCUUACCUUCCCCUGGAAAUGACGCACUAAUCCUCGUAUGUGGUCCACCAGGCAUGAUGAAACAUAUAUGUGGGCCGAAGAAUAAAGAUUUCACACAGGGAGAGCUUGGUGGCUUACUUAAGGAUCUUGGAUAUUCUAAGGAUAUGGUUUUCAAAUUCUAAGAAGAUUGGCGUACAAUUUUGAGGUAUUGACGUAUAAUCUUUGUGCGAGGAAUUUUUUUUCUGAAGCAUAGGUACAUUUGCGUCAUUCGACCAAAAUUUCAAUGCAAACUAAUUUCAAAAGUGUUCAUUAGAUAAGUUAAUCUUUUGGUUCAGUUUAUGUUGUUGUUGUUUUAUACUUUUUCUUCAAGUGUAUAACACCUAGGUGUUUGUUCCACGUAACGAUGUUCGAGUGAAAUAGCAGAUCAGUCGUCUAUUUUAGUUGCUUUUA